CUUCACCCGAAGAUGCGUAGUUUCCAGGAAGGAGAACAUGUCAUGUGAUCAAAACAAAAAGCCAAUUCUUCCGGCGAAGACAACUAGUGUUUUUGAAAGGUGUUUGGCGUGUGCUAGAUGGCUAAUCAGCAGAGGUGGUUGCCACUGUUUUCCGUCUGUCUUCCGCAGUAACAUAGAGAUAUGGCUGUAUGGGAACACUAACCCUAUGAAGGUGUGUAGUCAUUUAACCUUUUGUUUUUAGAAAAGUAUUUCUCGCUCAUAUGAAAAACCGUACCGCAAGUGAUCCGUGCUCACAUUCAGACCGACCGUUGGUGUUCUUUACGAAAGUCCCAUGGGAAGAAAAUACCUUCAUCAAUAGGCGUUAAUUUGUUAUUAUCUAGCUAAACCAGUUCUAGUUAGCCAAGGAAUGUAAAGACCGUGUCAAUCACCUGAAAGUCUGGUAUUUGAACCCAAGCGCCUUCAUCAUAUGCCAUCUAGAAAGACUGAUGUAGCUACCCCAUUCAAAAAGGUAGCUAUAAUGCCACCUACACAGAUUGUAAGUCAUCAAUGAAAUGAAACACAUUUCCAACUUUGUUGUGCUUGUGAGUGAAGGCACUGAAUAUGCAAAUAGUCAUAAUUAUCUGUGUAAUACUAUAGUAUAGGAUUAUGAUAUAUUUGAAAUGUAUUUUCUUAUUAUAUUAUAACGUAGUAUAACCUAACCCAAUCAAAUGUGAAUACCCAACAUAUUUUUGUGCAUCUUUGCAUUCUGAGUAGCCUCAUCCAGUUUACUGUCAAAGUGCUGAAAAUAAAUAGCAACCAGCGUUCUCUGACACUGUGCUGUCAAAUUAAAAUGAUAGACAUUUUCAAGCAUUUCACUGACAUUUCAAAGAGAAUCGUGCAGCUGAAGAUUUAAUUGUAGCUCGUCUGAGUGACGCAUGGCCCCCUUGCUUUCAUGCUGAAGAACAUCCUUCAUAUGACUUGUCUGUCUGUCUGUCUCUGAACUGUAGGCCUGUUACCAGGGGGGUGAGAAGACACGGUGUGGAGUGUGUGUUGGGGGGGGGGAUGGAGGAGUUUCCAGUGAGGACGGUGGAAGGGCUGUGUCUAGGCACCAGCUUGGCUAUAUCUGGUUUCUUCUACUACGUCUACAGGAAAAAGAGGAAAACGGUGGACAAGCUCAAUGAUGCACCACAGUUGACUUUGGAUGGGAAACUGGCAGACCUUUUGAACGUGACACCGGGAAAGUGUCUGCAGUAUGUUGUCAUUGAAGGGGCAGUGCAGCCUCUGGGGGAGCCUUUGAGGAGUCAGUUCCAGGAAGGCACUGUGGGGGUGGUGCAGAAACUUAUGCUGAGGGAACACAAGCUGGUGUGGAAUAGCCUGUCUCACACCUGGACGGACAGUGAGCGUGUGCUGCACCAGAGGGUGAACGCGGUGCCCUUCAGCCUGGUCGGGUCGGGCCAGGCCAACGUGAGGGUGCUGUGUCCCCUGGAGGCCUCGGGUCUAGAGAUGGAGAUCAUCCAUGAGAAGUUCCACCAGGCCACCUAUGGUUUUACCGACAUCAUCGGGCAGUACCUCAGUGGAGAGAAGCCCAAAGGCCAGCUGGAGACUGAGGAGAUGCUCAAGGUUGGCGCCACUCUGACAGGUGUAGGCGAGCUCAUCCUGGACACCGACCGGGUGCUGAAGCUCCGCCCGCCCACUGACGGCUCGGAGUACUUCCUCACCACGGCAGACUUUGAGUCCCUGCGGCUGGAGCAGGAGGGCCAAGCGGUGGUCUGGCAGGUCCUGGCCUCUGUGUUCGCCCUGGCCGGGUCAGCCAUCCUCUUCUGGUUGGGCCACCGCUACUACCGCAGCCUGAGGGUCCGCUGGGACCAGGAACGGUUUGAGAGGUUGGGUGCUGGUGGGACGGGGGAAGGGUCUACGGCUGGGGAUACACAAGAGGGGUCUGGGGAGCAGGCACCCUUAGAAAAUGCCUGUGUGAUCUGCCUGACCCAGCCGCGUAGCUGUGUGCUGCUGGAGUGUGGGCACGUGUGCUGCUGCUACAGCUGCUACCAGGCCUUGCCCCAGCCCACCUGCCCCAUAUGCCGGCAGGCCAUCAAGAGGGUGGUGCCCCUCUACCAGGCCUGAUGCCCAGCCUGGGAGUAGAACAGAUGUGUGUUCUCAUGGUGGGUCUAUGUAUGUAUCCCCUGGGGUGUUGUUACCUGUACUCCUAGAAAGACAAGGUCAAGGUGAUAGAAUGGAGACAUUUUAUAAUUGACAUUUAGGCUGGUUGUAAAACCUUGAAGAUGAUUCUCCACAUAGAGGCAGAAGGACCGAACUCUACUGUGAUGAUAACAGUCACCCUGAAAAUACAACUUUGGAGAGCCGAGGAGAGGCCUAAGCUAGCAAGACAGAGCAGGACAUGCACACACUAGUCCUUAAACCCCUCACAAUGUCAGAGAGAGAGACCAACUCUUGAUAGACCAGGCAAACCAUCACUGUACUUAUUACACUGUAAUAAUCACCUGAAUGCUUGUUGGCAUUCUCAACACAAAUAGGCUAGGUGCCGCUACUGUAUUAACAAAAUGUGAAUCUUUGAGGUUUGAAGCACUUAAAUGCAUAUGUAUUAUAAAGCUAACAGCUGUUGAGUUUGGUUUUGAAUAGUAAAUACAUGUUUAUAUACUGAACAAAAAUAUAAAUACACCGAUUUUUUUUUUUUUACUGAGUUACAGUUCAUAUGGAAAUCAGUCAAUUUAAAUAAAUUCAUUAGGCCCUAAACUAUGGAUUUCACAUGACUGAGCAGGGGCGCAGCCAUGGGUGGGCCUGGACAUAUGCACUUGGGAGCCAGCCCCACCAACUGGGGAGCCAGCCCAUCAGAAUUACCCCCACACACACACACAAAAUGGCUUUAUUACAGGCAUAUUCCUCAGCACACCCCCAGGUGAAGAAGCUGGGUUUGGAGCUCCUGGGCACGUGGUCUUUAGUUGAGGCCGGUUGGAAAUACUGUAAAAUUCUCUAAAAUUACAUUUCUACUUAUGGUAGAAAGAUGAACAUUCUUGCACGCCCUACCUCAACUUGAAACAUCUGUUGUGUGACAACUGCAUAUAUUAGUGGCCUUUUAUUGUGCCCGGCACAAGGUGCAUCUGUGUAAUCAUCAUGCUGCUUAAUUAGCUUCUUGAUAUGCCACACCUGUCAGGUAAUGGAUUAACUUGACAAGGACAAAUUCUUUUAACAGGGAUGUAAAGCAAAUUUGUGCAUUUGAGAGAUAAAUAAGCUUUUUAUGCAUAUGGAACAUUUCUCUGAACUUUUAUUUCAGCUCAUGCAACAUGGGAGAAACACUUAACAUGUUAAGUUUAUAUUUUUGUUCAGUAUAGAUACUGGGAAUGCAGUUCUCUCAUAAUUAAAGUGUGCAUAUGGAUAGAGAGGUGUUUACGUUUGUAGUACUAUCGCUUGCCUUGUGCCUUAUUUUUCACUCCUGGUGUAAGAAGGGGGGGGUCGGUCGUUCCACCAAUUUGAUUUUUGUUGUAAAGAUUCCUGUCAAAUUGCUUUGAUGGGGUGGAAGCUUGUUUCCAACAGGGAGGGGGGCAAUUGAAUGUGAGCUUGAGAACAUUUCUGAAAUCGUUAACAUUUCUAGCCUAUCUAUGGGUAACUGGGUUGGUGUUUUAUGCUCGACCCGCUCCGUUUUCCAGCACAAAAUACCAGAAAAGGUGCAAAGGUGCAGCUCACCUGGUAUUUACACUAUGAAAUUACUACUAAAUGUUCCACAUUGAAAGAUGUAUUGAAUUCUCCAUGUGGUCUAAAAUAUUAAAGGGCAAUUAAUUUAUCAUAACAGGCUUUAAAAGUUC